AUGGAUCACAGUAAAAUGAAUCAUGCCAUGAUGGAUCAUGGUGAUAUGCCUCAAGGAGACCACGAAUCCAGCUGUUCAAUGAACAUGCUAUUUACAUGGUCUUAUAAAGAUACUUGUGUGGUGUUCAAUUGGUGGCAUAUCAGAACAAGACUUCAAUUCAUCAUUAGUUGUCUUAUCGUUGUUGGUUUAGCGACAUACUACGAAUACCUCAAGUUUAGAUUUGUUAAAUAUGCCUCUGAGACUACAGCUUCAAAUCGUGUCUCUACCACCACGAAUGGUAGUGGUGUAAGUCAAAUUGCACGUCGUGAAAAAUUCUAUAGAACCAUCCAUUACGGGAUCCAAGUCGGGUUCUCGUUCAUGUUGAUGCUAGUGUUCAUGACUUAUAACGGUUGGUUGAUGCUGGCGGUAGUCGUAGGUGCUGCAUUGGGAUACUAUAGAUGGAAUGACUCUCUGGUGUCUUUGCCAAUGGAACAACGAUCAUUAGCUUGCCAUUAA